AUGCAGCUGAACCUCAAUGGAACAGGCAGAGAAGGAUCGUCUAGGAAUAUUGAGGAGCAUAAGGGUUGGCUUGCGCUCUGGGCGGCAGAGGUCCCUGGUAAGGCGAAAAUUCAUGUGUGGAGGCUUAUUCAGAACGGACUUGCAGUAGGCGAUGAGCUCCAACGAAGGAAUAUCAAAGAAGGAGUCAGGUGUAUCGCGUGUAAUCAGGAGGAAACCCUGCUACAUAGGUUCUGGAAAUGUCCGCACUCGGUCGCUAUCUGGGAGUCUGCUAGCCAAUUGACAGGCUUACCGUUUGUGAAACCAGAUGCCAUGGUUCGAACUUACCAUGAUCUGCAUGGCAGGGUUUUGGACUGGCUUGGGAAACUGGAUGACAAGGAGCUUAGUAUCAGCGUAAUGAUUAUGUACCAGGCUUGGCUGGCCAGAAAUGAUGCACGCGAUGAGGUGUGCAUUGCUACUCCGUCAGUGAUCGUGCGUCGCUCCCUGGCUUUGCUCGAGGAGUGGAGGGAAGCGCAGCAGAGUAGAAUUCAGCUAGAGACUAGAGCGGUGGAGCACUGGCAGCCACCAGCCGAGGGCUGGACCAAGGCCAACACGGAUGGUGCUUUCCUGGCGCGGGAGGGAGUUGGAGCUAGUGGUCUGAUUCUCAGGGAUCACCACGGCAGGUUCGUCGAAGGAUCUUGCCGUUUUUUCACUGCAAUUCCUGACCCAGAACGAGUUGAGCUCCUUGCUUGCAAAGAAGCGCUGAUACUAGCGAAGGAAAAGGAUGUUUAG